CAGCGGACCUGAGUGAGAGCAGUGUGUGUGUUGGAGAGGCAGAGGGAGCAACAUCACCGCCGCGCGUGGAGCCUUUGAGCAUCACAGACAUUCACCGCAACGAUAAAACUGAAAUAACGCGACAACACUCGAAAGAUUUAUUUCGUAAACGCGUGCUCUCGCCGGUUUUAUACGCUUUCUUUGUGUUCUCUUUUUUCUACUGGAGGGAAACGGCGAGCGAGGCUUCACUGCGGCUAAUCAAUUUUCCUCUUCCAGACCUGGGAAUUACAAUGAAAAAUGUAGGUGACACAUUUCCUCUCACAGACCAGGAGUCACAGUAGCGAGGACGGCGAAGAAGAAAGCAGGGGGGAAAAUGGUGACGGGUGCCGCAUCUAUAGGAUCAGCAUCCUCUGUGGAGUCCCUGCGUAAAAGACAAACAGGCCACAAAUGAGACAAGACUUAGCUACUAUACUAACCCUCCACUUCACUACCCGCCACUGUGAACUGCUUCCCCAGGAGAAGAGCUAGCAGCAGCUCAGGGGAUGGAUAAAAUCAACCUGCAGAAUUCCCCUAUUGCCAGGUGUCACAGAGGGCUGGUGGCUAGCUGCAGUCCUCGGUCUUACCUGUGUAACAGCAGCAACAGAAAGUUUGCUGAUCUGGCGGGGAGUUGAGGCUGUCCGUUCCCCCUGAGCUGGGGUUUCCACUAGCUAGAUUUGGGUUGUUGUUGCCACUGACUGGGAGUCUGUCUCUGGAGCUGCUGCCUGCUUUCCUCCCGGCAAGGUGGUCUGUAGUGGCGGGGAGUUUGGCGGAGGACACACUGCGAUUCAAGGCUUGUGAAAACUGAAGAACAAGUAGAUGUGAACCUGUGAGAGAAAGAAACAACUUGAAGAAGAACAGGCAGGAGCCACUUUGGAUUGCAACAGGACUGUCCUCCUGCACCACAUGGAGGAGGUUUAGGGGCUGCUCAGCUGCUUUCAAAGCCGAGGCUCCUCUCUAACUGUUCCUGCUUCCCUUUCCACUAUUUUUACUUUCUUGUUAUCGUUUGGAUUCAAGGCUACAGACCUUGCCCCUUCUCGUCCACUGUUUGUUCUAAGCAAGACCAAAACCAGGUGCCAAACUGACUGUGUCAAGAGAAGAAGCAAAAAAUCUACGAAACUUACCACCAUAAGAAUUUUAGUAAUUCAGCUUUGAAAACCUGAUUUAGUAAAUAGAGUACAGCUUUAUUUCUUUCCCAAUCAACAAAAACAUUACAACACCCUAGAUCCCAUUUAAGUCAUAUUUAAUCUCAACAAAUUCAUCUCAGCACAUUUUAACAAACUUGAUAUCCAUUGUCUUCUGUCAGUGUUUGCAUAGCUGCUGCUCUUAAUGCUGAAACUGAGAGACGAUGAUCAGUGCAUUAUUGGUUCAAAGUGCUUUAUAAACAGAUUCUCUGGCUUGUAGUUGUGUGUUGCAGAAGAAGCGCGUGGUAUGCAGUGAUAACUCUGCUCUGACGCUGUCUGAACACUUUAAGGCUUUGGCAGGAUGGCGUUUGACUGACGGGCAACACAAGCCUCCUCUAACCUGAUAAAUACAGGCUCCGCCGCUGCCGCCGCUGCUGCUGCUAUCUCAAAGGCUCGGAGAUAUACCGUCAUCUCAGUCCGCGCUGUGAAACACUGUUGACACUUUGCCUAUCUCCUUCUUCCAGUUGCUUAUAAGAGAGAGGCCUCUCGCUCUUUGUCGUUUUCUGUUUCUUCCACACGUGGCGCUCGAUUACACUGAACAACCUGAAAGCCCCCCCUUUAUCUAAUCCCAGUGACCUCUUCAACUUUUUUGCAUUCUUCCUUUUAUUCUACUAAACAAACAUGCAAUUUAAAACCUGUCACUGUAUUAACAUUUAUUGGUGAAGUUUGUAAGAACAUAACCUAAAGCCAUACUGAACACCAGCCAUACAAAUUGUCAUGUACAACACACCUCACAAUGUUUAAGAUCCCUCCAACAAAGUGAUCUUUAAACACAUCAGUGCACAUUCAGGGAGUCAAUGAGGAAACUGUUCUUGAGAAGAAUCCUAAAAUUUCAUAUGUUUGGAUUAAAGAACAGCUUUGUGAAUUUUUUUUUUUUUCUACCCGUGUUUUAGGAUUGAACUAAAUCUGUGAGCCGGUGGCCUGCGGUGUCAAGCGUGGCAGCGAUCGCGAGUUCCCGUCGUCGCCCCCGUGUUCCUCUGCGUUGACGGAUGAAUCCGGACAUUUUCAUGUCUGUUCUGUGGGCAGAACCUCGCUGCCCUGCUAGAACCGGGCCCAAGCCCUCCUUCGUUCUCUUCUGUUGGGCCAAGCUAAAUUCAGAGCAAAGACACUCACACAAGAGUAUCGAACGCACAUAGAUCCUCUAUUUUUUUUUUUUUUUCUCCCCCCCCUCUGUGAUUUUCGUCAGCAGUUUCCUACUCUUGAACACUCUGUUGUGAAUGCCUUGACAUGCUCAUUUAUUGGACUGUCCACCAGUAGUUGCUGGAAGGACUUUGAUGCUGCUUAAUGUUGAUUUUGCAGCUUUAUUAGUCAAACUCACUGUCCGCAACUUCUAAAUCCACUGUUCUACUGUACUUUAAACCAAAAUCUCAAGCAUAUUGACCUUUACCAAUUCUCUUCCUCUAAAUCUUUUGAAGGGAAGAGUUUGUUUAUUGGCAAACUGUGAACAUGAUGUAAAGAAAAACAAAGUUAAGUCACAGCUUGUGCCAAAUUCAGACUUCCUCUCAGCUUUGCAACUAAACAAAGCGGAGAUCCCUGAAGCUGCCAGCACUGUUGUUUACACACACGAGACACACACUGCUCGGAUAUUUGAUUUGAUUUAAAAAAAAAAAAAGAAGCAUUUUUCCAUGUAUGAUUUUACAUAACGGUUAUCCACGCAGGACAACAAGUGCCAAACUCUGAACAAGAAAACACCCAACAUCUGUUAAAGCUCAACAAGUGGAAAAAAUAAAGUUUACAUACAACGCUAAAUGUUUACAGACUACAUUUUCCAUUGCAGUUUCUUAUGUGAAUCGUAACUUUUGUGCCAUAAACAACUCCCAAGAAAACUUGUCAGUAGGAGAAAUAAGAGACUCUUUUGUGGAUGGGUUAUUAUAAUUAAAGAGUUCACAGUUUUCUCAUUUUGUUUACAGAAAAUGUAAAAAAAUUACUGCCUAUUUUAAAGAUUUUGGCCAACAGACUGUAAAAUUGUCAACUGACAGACCAAAAUUAAAUAUCCGACACCUGCUGCCAUAAAACAGACCACAUUAUGCUAUAUUUAUAAUCAGUUAAAGUUUUCAUUUAAAUCGAUUAUUUCAGAACUACAGCCAUUUCACAGGCAGUUCGUAUAGGGCCUAAAAACUCUGAAAGACCUCAAUGUUUACAAAAGCUGCUUAACUGAAGGAUUUGUACACAGGAAGAAAUGUUUACACUAAGCUGAAAGAGUGAAAUGCCAAACACAUUCAUGAUACAUCGCUUGAACUGAGUGAAACUCCAAGAGAGACCCUUUGCUUCUGUGCAGUGUGUGCAGAACCAAAAAGGAUCAGACUUUUCAUACAAAAAGGUUUUUAUAAGUCAAGAAGCCGCCAUCUUUGACGAGGACACUGACAAUUCACAGUAAGAGCUGUGUAUGUGACUUUUUUUUAACAACGGCUCAAGAACUUUGUGAUAAAAUGAUGAAACGUACAACUUUAGGAGGGAUGUUUUGCUUGUCCCUCCUGCUUUUGUCCUGCCUCGCUGUCUCCACGGUAACCAUCACCACGGAGCGACGUGCUGUUGACAGCGAUGUCAGGAUUCUGACUGGCGGCAGUAGCUCCACUGCAGCCGAUAAAAGGAGCACCACCUUGUUCCUCCUGACUGGCUACAAGCCACCACUGCCGCCGCUGAAGGCCGGGGCCAAAGUGGCGCCAAAAGCGGCCGAGGUGGAGGAUGGAGACGAUCCACCAGUUAUGGCCGAGCUCCCUCCAAAGCCCCUCCCUCAGACCAUGUUGCCAAGGAAUGUGACAGCCGACGCCCUGAAGCCUCCGCUCGGUGCGGCCCAGGUGGCUCCACCGCCCAGACAGCUGGUGGAUGUGGACGUGUGCAGGGGUUACUUCGACGUGAUGGGGCACUUUGACAGCACGUUCAACUGCUCCAAGGGCAGCUACAUCUACUGCUGCGGAACCUGCCACUACCGGUUCUGCUGCGAACACCAGAGGAACCGACUGGACCAGAACUCCUGCCACAACUACAACACCCCCGUCUGGGCUGAGCCGCAGGCCCCCAUCACUGUGCCCCCGGGGAACAAGCCUGACCCAGACUUCGAGACGCUCCAGCAGCACAACAGCAGUACGGCCUAUGUGAUCGGAGGUGUGAUCUCCUUCACGCUGGUGGUGGCUGUGGGUGUCAGGAUCGCCUUCAGCAAGGUGGCGCGUCGACCCCGCAACAGGGACAUCAACAUGCCCAGAUCACUGGUGGAUAUCUUACGUCACCAGUCGAGCCCGGUGCAGCAGGGAGAGAGGAACAACACCACAGUGUUGACGACCACCACCUCAGAUGGACGAACAUCCAAAACCCUCUACACCCCCAUCCUGCAGAGCAAAGACAACCGCAAGCGCGGACCACGUAUGAACAACACCUCCCAGCUCCCCUCUGGACCCACCCUGCUCUCAGGUAGCAGUAAAGGUCCUGGCGGCGGUGGCAUCAGUGGCAGCAGCAUCAUCGGUGGAGGCAUGAGACACAACAGCAGCCACCCGUCCUUCUCCCACUCCUUCCACAACCUCGCCCAGCUGCCGCCAUCCUAUGAGGCAGCCAUGAAACCUGAGCUCAACCGCUACAGCUCCCUGAAGAGGCUGGAGAAAGAACUUGACGAGUACUCCAGCUACUACAACUCCAAACGUCGCUCCACCAACGCCCCGCCCUCCUUUCACUCCUCGCAACACUACCUGCCCUUUGGAGGCGAGUACACGCUGGGAUCCAGGGGCACGCUGCCCCUCCACGGUUCACGGCCCCGCCUCCACAUCCCCUCCACCCCGAACCCGUACCCGCUGCCCGCCCAGACGCACUACACCAGCUCCUCCUUCGACAGGCCGCCACGCCGCGUCCGCUCCCAGGACCAGCUGCUCGGGGAGGGUAACACGCUGUCCCGUCUGUCCAAGAACCAGCAACACCAGUACUACAAAGCCAUGAUGAGCACCAGCAGGGGCUCCAACUCACAGACGCUACGCAGGUCCCAUGAGAGGCUCCUGGUCUCACCUGACCGUAUGGAGGACCGGCUGUUGAUGGGCCUGCUAAUCGCAGGAGGAGGUGACCGAGGGGGAGGAAGCGGGAUGGUGCCCACCAUGGGCCGACUCAGCCACCACCAGAAGGCCCAGUCACAGCAGAACAUCUGUGCCACGCCAUCCAUGGACCGCCACCACAUGAUCAAGAUGAACUCCCACCCGACGCCAGGCCAUGACCGUGACCACGACCGCGACCGCGACCGCGACCGCAGCUCCGCGGGCAUGGGAAUGCACGGCGGCUGGGACCUCGGCGGAGGCGGAGGAGGCCACCCCAACGCCCGACGGAUGGCUUUCGCCAGCAAGAGGCAGAACACCAUCGAACAGCUGCACUUCAUCCCCGGAGGAGGAGGAGUGCAGGGACUGCGGACUGGGAGUAAGAACGAGGUGACAGUGUGAGAGGACGAGGGAGGUAAAGAGAGAGGAAGAGCGAGAGUAGAGAGGUGAGGAGGCAUUUAGUGGGCAGAUGAAGUGGAGAGAUGAACAGGAAAAAAAGAAAUGAGGAAGAGGUUUGAUCUCACCUGGCUGCCUCACAGCCCCCCCUCCCCUUCAUAAAACAAAGUGGUGGAUGACAACAUUAAUCUCAUAGUGAGAGAAGCCAAUUGAUUUUCUCCUUGUCACUCUAUGUGUUGAAUAAAAGAAUAUUCAGCCAUUCUUUGAAAAAGGGAAGACAGAAAUGUCCACUCAAAAAGAGCAAAAAAUAUCAUUCGAGUGCAGUUUAAAAGGCUGCUGGGUAUUCGCUGUGACUUUUAUUAAAGGAUACCCGCUGAGUCAAAUUUGUUGAAUUGUCCUUGAGUUUUAUUGCACUGUCCUCUGAGUCCUCGAGAGCUCCGACAGAUUCAUCUGUCUUUGAAUCCACUGUGGAUGAUGGAGAGCGCCGAGGCAGAGACAGACGGGUUUGCUUGUCUUUGUAUUUAUGAAAAAGUAUGUAAAACCAAACGAGUUGCUUUUGUAUGAAAUUAACCUGAUAAUAAUAAUAAUUGUAUUGACAUUACUGAGCCCUGUAAGACUUUGUGUAUACUUGGUUUAAAACAUAUUUAUCCUUUAGCCAGUCGGUUUGUGACUUAAAGGCUGGAAAUGUGACCUUCUUUCUCUAGUUGUGAUUGGACUAUCAUCAAAGUUAAACGUUCUCUGCAAAAAUAAUCCAGCUAAGUGCAGUUAGCUGUCACUUGAUUGCCUUUAUGGCUUUAUUUACUCUAGAAAAAAAUAGAAUAUAAAUCAUUUGGGGGGGGGGGGGAGACGAGACCUAAAGUAUGUCGACACAAGCUGCUGUCAUAAAGGCCCAGUCACACCAGACCGGGCCUUAAAGGGACAGUUCACCCCAUAUAUUAUUCCUCUUACCUGUAGUGCUGUUUAUGAAUUUAGAUUUUUUUGGUGUGAGUUGCAGAGUGUUUGAGAUAUCGAUUUCUUCUCUCCAAUAUAAUGAUAGUAGAUGGCACUGGGCUUGUGGUGUUCAAAGUGCCAAAAAAAUACAUUUGACAGACCUUGUUGUGACCAGUCUCAUGUAGGAACUAUUUUCUCUCUACCGAACUACACCUGCCAAUUGUAUCAUCGCGCAAAAGGAAGCGUGCAUCUACUCAUGGACAAGAGGCUCGUGUUCAUGACAGCGCGAGAUGUUAACAUUUAUGGUGUCCUCUAGGCUUGGGCAGUAUUUAUUUCUUACCUUAACACCUUUCAGGAAUUUCAGUGGUGUAUAUGGUGUAUGGCAGUAUUUGUGUGCAGUGAACCCAACCACAACUGCAUUGUAAACUCACUGUUGAACACACUUUAAGAGUCCCUCCAGGAUCUUGCGGCAAAAAAAACUUUAAUUUGCGGCCAAUUGUGUCAAAAAUUUUGGUAAAAUUUGCGGCAUUUUUAUGUGAUUUUUUGCGGGAAAUUGUGGCAAAUGACAAAAAUGUGGCUAAUGACAAAAGGAGAAAAAAUAUGUGAUUUUUUUUUUUUUUUUUUAAUUACUACCUCCAAAAAAAUAAGUCAUGUAAUCAAUUGCUAUAAUAAUCAUACUGAAUAUUACAAAAAUAGCUGCAAAUGUUUUUUAUAGUUCUCUUCUUUAGUUUUAUUUAAUCAGUUUCAAAACAUGGACUCCAAUAAUGUUGCAAAAUCCUGAGUGAAUAUUGUAGCUCUCAAACCAGACAAUGUGACUGUAAAACAACAUGUAAGCUACAUCUUCUGUAAACAUAACAUUUUAAUACAUUCAACACAUAUUGUAUGCAUUUAAACAGUGCAAAUUAUGUCAAUACAGAGCGUUUCUCCAUACUGCAAUGCCAUUAGCGCAUUUGAUGACGCGUCUGAAGACGUUUCAAAUGACGUUGCAUGCGUGACAACUUCCGGACCGCCGGAAAAUGCGGAAAAACUUUUGAAAAAUUGCAAGCCCCCGCAAAUAUUGCGGACUUUCAUUGAAUUUACGUUAAUUAUUGCGAUUGCGAGAUUGCGGUUUUCUGGAGGAACUGCUUUCUUCAAACUCAACAGACACAAAAUAAACUGUCUUGGCUUGUCUCGUUAGUCAUUUAGACCGGCUGUUUACAGUUGCUCCUGUAAUGUUAUCCCCACCAUUUGCACCAGACUGACCUCUGGUGGCAGGUGAUGUGCACUACAUGCCAAGCAUCCUCAAUAGAAAGAUGAGCGUCUGUAAUUUUUAUGGUAUUCAGAAUCAUACCGUCCGGAAUCCGCUGGUAUACGGUGAUACCAUUGAUAUCGCCUUAGUCUAGCAUCUUCCUCAGCUAGGGAGCUAACAGUACUUGAGCACCAGAGGCAGAGUGCCCCUAGUUUUAUUAUACUAGAGACAUCUCUGCGGCUGAUAUCUCCAACACUCGGCAACUCAUGGCAAAACAAUCUAGACUGAUGAAUAAAACAACAGGUCAUUUACAGGUAUUUCUGAGUUGGGGUGAACUGCCCUUCUAAAAGUAAAAUUCACUCUGCAGUAUGAUUUUAGCUUAACUUUGUACAGUGAAGUCUGGUGGGUGUAUAUCAUCUAUGAAACAUUGUGCUGUGACCCUUUGCGUAAUAAUUAGUGAAAAAAGUUAUUGAAUCCGACGGCUCAUGAAGAAAAACUAACCUCAUGCAGACUGACCAAACAUCCCUCAAACACUGUUUUAAACUUGUCAUUGUGAGUUUGUAGAGAGUCAAGGGUUUCUUUGUGCUUCUACGAUUUUCCACGUUACCUGCAAGUUGAGCUGCUCACCUCGUAUGAAGGGUUGGGGGGCAGGCGGGUUUCCAGGCUCGGGGGACACCGGACACUUCACACCAAGGGCUAUACCGAAUUAUCUUUGUGUGUCUGUGCUCUGUACAGCGUCUGCUUCUCAUUUUCACGUCCUCUGCGUGUCAGUGUCGGGAGGCAUGCUCGUGCAUAUGUUUUUUAUUUUUGUGUAGGGAGAAAAGAUAAACGUGCAAGGAAAUUCUGCAAAGAAAAGGAACUUUUGUGCAAAAACACAUGACCAUGAUUACUUUAUAUGUCGCGGGAGAAAAGAUGGCCAUGAUGAUGUCAUAUUUUGUACUUUUUUUUUUCUGGCUGUGAGAUGGACCUUCUAGCCUUUUAGGUUGGAUCUCCCCUUUAUGGGGUUUAAGGGACUCAUGAGGCCUUGUUGGAGGUUUUCAGCUUUCCCCUCGAUACAGACAGACAUGAUUGAUUACUGAGCGGCGCUUCCUGCCAGACGUUUUUAGUCUUUUCCUAUGGUACAUGUGCUCAUGUUAAUGGUUUAUGAUCACACGUGUAAAGAUUCCCCCUGGAUCAGACGACGGACGCUCUUAUCAUGAUUUCUUUUACUUAAACAUGUAUUUAUUUUUUUAAUCUCUGUGAAUUUUAAUGUAUAAUCCUGGAUUUUCAAUAUUCAAACUUUAUAGUGGAGUUGAGAAAAAAGGAAAAAAACAUUUGUAUUCUCGAACAAAAAGAGCUGAUGCAAUCAACUAGAAAAGACGAAACCGCAUGACGAUGUCAGAAGCCAGUGUUGAUGACAUAGUGCUGACUUAUGAUGUCACAGCGUGUAUGUGUGUAAAUGUACAUGCGUCUGUUUUAAUUUGUGUGCCCGUGUGCGUAACUCUCUCAGUGUCUUCUUCCUUCUCUUCUUCUUCUUAGGAAUGCUAAACCUCAUUUUUGACCAAACGUUGGGUCAUGUCUUCAGCUCACGAAGGCGAUUUCAAGACCCGAGUUGAGGUCGUUACGUGUUCAUAUCAACUUGUGAUGAGAUUUAAAAAGGCCUGUCGUCAUUUAAAUUCUUUUGUUUUCAAAAAAAAAAAGGACAUUGAUCAAUCACAGCUUUUCUUGUCGAGCUAUGUUCACCAAAGCGAGGACUUUUCAAACAUUUGAAAAUGUAAAUUAACGAAGGCUUAUUGUGUCGAGUUUUUUGGUAUUUGAAUAGAAGCCAAGUGGGUCUGUUUGUGACGUCACAGAUCACACAGCUGAUGAGAUUGUGUCGCUGCUAAAUAUGUAUCUGCAAAAAGCGAUUUGUUUUCCAUGAACAACCUGCUCAUUUGUGCACAUCCUGACAGAACUUUACGGGCACAAAAAGGUAAACACAGUAUCAGUGGUGUCUGUCAGUGUUUUUUGGCGGCAGCAGUUGUUGCUGAAAUGGGUUGUGGUGGAGAAUGUACUGUGACUUGCCUUUGGCUGGCAGGACUGGAAAGGCUCUGUGGUUUUUACAAUGCAAACAUCUCAUUAACUUUUAAAAGAGAAAGAGGCAAAAAAAGGGGGGAUGUAAAUGACACGUGAAGAUUCAGUUGUAUUUUUAAUGUCUCAUCUCGAAGGUCUGAUACAGAUGUUGUAAUCCAUGUUCAGUUAACUGCUCCCCUGAUAAAACUGUGUGUGUGUGUGUGUGUGUGUGUGUGUGUGUGUCUGCAUACACACAAUUUUGUGAGUGUGUAUGAGUGUGUUUACCACUGGGAGGGGAGGCAUGGGCAUAUUUGUAUUCUCAAAGCUACUCUGCAUACCUCAAAUUGUAUGAUACAUUUAUUUAUAACAUCCCCUUCUAUGUCUAUUUCCAAGAAUAUCCAAACAAAGGUCUCACAGAUGUGCAACCCUUUUGUUAUUGGUGAUCAAUUCUUGCGUUUGUAGAAACCAUACUGUUUAAUUGAUAAUAACAAUAAAACAAAAAAA